UUGUGYACCAAAAAUGGAUCGUACACGUACAAGUACGAGUACGUCGUACUAUGUAAGGGCAUCGUAUUCGUACCGUCGUUAUCGACCUGACACGACCGAAUCGCAAGCUGCAAGCGUGUGGUAGUACGAGUAAUAACUUGUGAAAUUAAUUUAGGCUAAAUUAAGUACUGUAAGGAUGGCACCGCAACCAGCAACGCAACACCACAAGACCUACUACCUCCAAAUAAGGGCACGGGGACAUUACCAUCGACUACUAAUCUAUAACAUCUGAGAAGUUCUACAGACACUCCCAUAAAUGCAAAGCACUUACGAAGAAAAAGCCCCCUCGCCCAAUGCGGGAGGGAUCGGCGGCGAUGCAAAAACACUAGUGUCUCCAAGUAGCCACAACAACCAAACAGAACCACCUGAGCUUCCCGCUGUUAUUGGAAGGACCGACAACAAAAAUCUUCAGAGCAAUGGUGACCAACACAGUGUAACGCAUAGUUCGAAAGACACGGUGAUGUUUGCAAAUGACGGACAUGCAAGUAUCAAAGAAGAAAAAUGCGUCCUGGAAACGGAACCGUCGCCAACGGUUUUGCCUAAGCAGCCACCCCGAGCCAACGGGAUCGAUGAAUCGACAGCCCAACGGGGAACAUCGAAAGUAGUUGCGGAUAGUUCUUCACCAAAUAAUGGACAAGUAUCGAUCAACCAAAAAGAAGGCACGGCGAUUAGUUCACCCGCGGAUACAAAACAACAAUUGGUCGAACAGAACCAUGCCAGCAACAAGGUACCACGAGUGGAAACGGAAGGAGACUCCGAGCCAAGCAGCGGGGAUGGACCGAAAUCAACUCCUUGUCCACCUAUAUCAUCAAGAGUUCCAUCUAGCGAGGGGAUGGCAGCGGACCCGUGCGGCUGGGGCGGCGAACAGCAACACAAUCAAGAACCCGUAAGCGUUGACCAAAAACAUUGUGAAACAAAAAUUCAUGAUACAAGAGGAAGCUAUGAGAAUGGGACGACGGAGAACGAUGUGAUUUUAGUAGAGAUUGGAGCAGGUAGCUAUGAGACUUCCAUCUUUAACACCGCGGGUAACAAAAAAUGGAAGGAGAUGGUUAAGGAAUGCGUUCAAGACUUUCGCUUGAGCGAUGAAGGUCUAACGGAAAAUAAUGGCCAAAGUGAGAAGGAGUUAAGGAUAGCCCUGGAAAUAGUAAAGCAGGUACGAGGUCUAGGCGGGCGAUUUUUAGUUCAGAACGAUGAUAUUUGCCAAAAAUACUCUGACGUGGGAGACGAACGAGCUAUGGGUGCGACAUUGCAGUGUUUUAGACUCUGUUUGACGGAAGCAGACGCGAGACAAAACAUGGGGRUCAGACCAAAAGAAAAUCCAUUAUAUUUUUCCAAUACAAGAGAAGUGAAGGACACAGAAAGAGAAAAGAAGAGGAAGGAACGAGAAGUGGAGCUACCACAGGAGAUCCAAGCAAAAAGAAUACAAUCAGUGGAUGUGGAAAAAGAACUUGAAAACUGCCAUGAGGUGGGACCUAAAUCAUCCAAUUCGGUUUCGUUUCUCCAUCCUGUCAUCUACUAUGGUAGGGUUGGGGAUACGAAUCACCGUAAUGCAAGGAUGGCAAAAAGAAUUUUAAUUGAUGCUUCGGUCGAAAAGAUUCCGGAAAAUGCAUUUUUGGAUUGCAACGAACUUUUCGAAGUCGCUUUCGCCGAAGGUUGUGCGGUCAAGGCCAUUGAGAAAUGUGCUUUUCAACAAACGUCGAUUGCAUCGAUUGAAAUUCCUGCAUCAGUGAAAGAAGUUGGAAACGAAGCCUUUUGUGAUUGCGCGAAGUUGCACAAGGUCGGCUUUGGGACGGACGAUUGCCGGCUAAGGAAAAUUGGCGACCGUGCAUUUUGUGGUACAUCCCUUUCUUACGUCGUAAUCCCUUCUUCGGUAGAAACAAUUGGAUACGAGGCGUUUUAUGAUUGCAUGAGACUCGUCAGUGUUACCUUUGACCACGGUGUAAAGUGUCGACUUGAGAUAAUCGGGGAUUGCGCUUUUUCUCACGCUCCUAUUUCCACAAUUGAAAUUCCUAGUUCGGUGGAAAAGAUUGGAUGCCGUGCGUUUCACAAGUGUCGUGAGCUAGUCAGAGUAGACUUUACAGAUGCCAACUGUCGACUCGAGGAGAUUCAAAACGAAGCAUUUUCCGAGACUUCGAUUUGCGCCAUUAUGAUCCCUUUUUCGGUAAAAGAAAUCACGCUUCGUGCCUUUUACAAGUGUCAUAAACUAACCAACGUCGACUUCGCAAAGAACGGCCAGAUGGAGAAGAUAGAGCAUGAAGUGUUCUUCGAAACACCUAUUUCCACCAUCACAAUCCCGUGGUCGGUGAAAGCAAUCGAAUACGGCGCCUUUGCAAAUUGCUCACGGCUAGAAACAGUGCGAUUCGAGCCUGGCAAUUGUCAACUGACGACCAUUGGCGAUUUUUCUUUUUCGGAAUCAUCAAUUUCUGCAAUUGAAAUCCCUGCCACUGUGAGAGAGAUCGGAAAGCAUGCUUUUUAUCAGUGCCGCCAGCUCACGGAUGUCAAGUUCGCGUUGGAGAAUUGUCAACUCGAAAAGAUCGGAAGCUCUGCAUUUCGUGAUACAAGUUGCACCAUUGCCAUCCCUCCUAUGGUUAAGGAAAUCGGAAAGUAUGCCUUUUACCGGAAUGGCGUCUUUUUGAAAAGAAAAAGAAUUCAGCAGCAGUCAGCCGUUGACUUGCAAAAUGGAAUCGAUGAAAAGUACGGCGACAAGAGCAUACAAGGCAGAGAAUUCAAAAAGCAAAGGAUGGAAGAUUGCCAAACAUGUAGCAAUAACGCUAAAGUAUCGGCUGCGUCCAUGAUAGCCACAGAACAACAGGCAAACGAUUUACGUUUGAAAGUAAAAGGAGAAACUGGUAGUCAAUCGUUCACRGAAACAUCAGCAGAAAUAUAUGAUUUGGGUAGGAGAAUAAAACAACCACACGAUUACGAAAAGAAAGAGUCAAUGGCCAAUACCUCUCCAAGUGUUACUAAACAGGGAGAGAGCGAUGAUGAGAUCGUCAAGCCCCGGCAAAUACGUGACAUUGGCAAGGGUGAAAUCAACGAUCACGAUGUUCUAUCAGGGAAGGGGGCACACGGCAAUCACCAUACUGGAAACAAACUGUACAAAGAGAUGGUGAAGAGACGCCAAAAUGAAUACUACAGUUGCAAGCGUUUUGAAAAGGCCCUGAUCGCACAGGAUAUUGUGCGAGAGGUGAGGUCCAAAGGGGGACGAUUCCUACAGAAGAAUAUGGACACAGACAAGUACGACGACGUGGGCGAUAAAUGUGCGAUAAAAAAGACAAGCCAGCUGUUUCGAGAUACUGCAAAGAACCGAGAGGUCGAUYACAAAACUGGGUUCUCUGCACAAUCCGCAACGUCCGAAUCCAUGGCAGAACACGCGAAAAUAAAGAAGGAAAACGAUAAUACGAUGUGCAGCGAACAAGGUUUGGCUGCGCUACAACACUUUCAACACUUUCAUAAUCAACCAAAUUCAAUGAAUAGAACUAGGAAGCUGUUUGGAAUCGAUAAGACUGAGAUAAACGAACACGACGUUUUGUCUGGGAAGGGAGCGCAAGGGAACCAGCACCAUGGGAACAAGCUUUACAAGGACUUAGUUAAAGAAUGCCAAAAUAAAUACCACAAUGGCAAGCGCUUUGAAAAGGCCGUCACGGCUCGUUACAUUGUGGACGAGGUUAGAAAGCGCGGGGGAAGAUUUUUGCUGAAGGAUUCGGUCUCUGGCAAGUACAAUGACGUGGGCGACGACACGGCGAGAAUCAAGACAAGUCAGCUGUUUCGAGACUUGUACCGAGAUUCAAAAGCAGAAAGAGAACAGGAAGGAAGAUCAUUGGGCAUGGAAUUAACCGAUUCAAAACACGACGAUGAACGAUUGAAAUCGAAAAAACCUAAUAGCAUCMCUCAGGCACUGGCCACUCCUCCGAAGGCUUCACAAGCGAACCAARGCGAAGCACCCGGGGAUGAAUCAAGAUCACCUUUCUAUAUCGAAAAGCCUCGCACGAAUGAUGUACUCUGUGGAAGGGGAGCACACGGGAAUCACCACCACGGCAACAAAAAGUGGAAAGCGCUGACCAACAUGCAGGCUGGGGCCUAUUUUUCGAGCCAGCGCCAUGAGAAACGAACUAUAGCCGAAAGCAUUGUGCGCCAGGUGCGUGCCUAUGGCGGGCGCUUUUUGAAGAGGGACGACCGAACGGGGAAAUACAUGGACAUGGAUGACAAGACGGCAACCAUGAAAACAAGCCAGUUGUUCCGGGAUAUUUCGUAUGUAGUGAAGAAAAAACAGGGGGAGAAAAUUGGCGAAGCUCAAACUCCACUGAAUCGAGGUUGGCCUCAAUAUCCAGAAGUGGAAUCAAGCGAGAUCCGAUUGGGAGGCGAUGACUAUAGGAAAAAAGACGCUGGCAUCGGCGACGCUACGGGAAGAAUUCCACAAGGCUUGUCUUCUCUAGCCAACAGCGCCACGCACAGAAAGCCAUCCUUUCAUAACACAGAGCAAGCUAGUAGGAUUUCCGAGGAACUAGCCGUAUCAGAGGUUUUGAUGUCGUUGCAACAAAAGAAGUAAUGGAAAGCAAAACCUCAUGUU